UCAGUAAACUAAAGCAAUUUCCUCCUCCCAGUUGAGCUACCUCCCAUUUCCCAUCUAAAACUCAGCAAAUCAAUCUCUCGACCAAAAAUGGGUCUGCGCCUGGGCGGCAACAACGAUUCCAACACCUCGGGGGCUCAAAAGGCUUUCCUCUUCUGCAACUACGUUCUGCUAGGUGCAGCCUCCAGCUGCAUUUUCCUCACGCUCUCCCUCCGUCUCCUCCCUUCUCUCUGCGGAUUCUUCCUCAUCCUCCUCCACGCCUUCACCAUCGGCGGCGCGGUACUCGGCUGCGCCUCCGUCUCCUCCGAAACCGGCGUGAAGUUGUACGGAACUCGCAUGGUGGCCACCGUCCUCACGGCCAUCUUCCAGGGCUCCGUGUUUGUGCUCAUCUUCACGCGCACCGGCGACUUCCUUGGGAACCUCAAGUCGUACGUUAGGGAAGAAGACGGCGAAAUGAUCCUGAGAUUGGCCGGCGGCCUCUGCGCUCUUAUCUUCUGCCUCGAGUGGGUGGUGCUCACCUUGGCGUUUAUACUCAAGUAUAAGGCGGCGGCGGACACAAACGGCGUCGUUGGGAUGAGGAGCGCUAAGGUUGUUCACGAUGAGGAAGAGCUCAAGAACUGGCCAUGGCCCUUCCAAGUGUAAUUACACAUUUACACUUAAGCUUUCACCCAGGCCCUUAAUAUAUUCCAUUACUACUGUAUUAUUUAUUAUUUAUUCGUUUAUUUAAUUUGGGAGUGUUAAAUCUGAUGAGUGGAUUUUGGGUUUUUGGGUGUGUUA